AUGCCUUCGCAUGGCCCUCCUUCGCCAAAUGUGCAGCCGGCCAAGCGCCAGAGACAGUCCUCCUUUGAUGAUCCCUCACCGCGCGAUGGGCAGACGAGCCCGUCCGACCAGCUGAGCGAAGCCGCGAGCGCCGGCGCCGGCUCCCAGGCGGCCAAGAGCGGGCAGAGCAGCAACUUCCGCAAUGUGAGCGCAUGCAACCGCUGCAGGUUGCGCAAGAACCGUUGCGACCAGAGACUGCCGAGUUGUGCGAGCUGCGCCAAAGCUGGUGUCGCAUGCGUCGGGUACGACCCGAUCACGAAGAAGGAGAUUCCUCGCAGUUAUGUGUAUUACCUCGAAACCCGUGUCGAACAGCUCGAAAACCUUCUCAAGUAUCACGAUAUUUCCUUCCCUCCAGCCGAGAGCCUGGAUACAUGCUCCCGUCCCUCCAACGAUACGACUCGCGCAUCGACUGCCGAGAAGAAACAGAUUAGCAACCCAGUGGAACUGGAAAACCGGGUGCUCUCAAAUGCUCGCAAUCAUUCUGUCGAUACGCUCAACGCAAAGAAGUCGGAGCAGAGCCCGGCCAUGCUCAAUAUCGUCAGCCCUUCAAAACCUCGGUCACUGGCAUCCACAUCCGGUGUGUCAUUCGCCCGAGUUGUUUUUGCCGCCGUGCAGUAUUCGGUGGCAGACCAGAAUGGAUCCUCGGAUCGCCCCGGGACUCGUCAACCCAGCAUAGGAGGUCACACGUCGAUGCGCGAUUCCUUCUUCGGCCUACAUACGAAACCUACCAUCAAGCCCGCUCCAUUCCCCAGUCGCGAAGUUGGACUCCGGCUUGUCACACUGUACUUUGAACACGCCAACCCCCAGAUCCCCAUCUUACACCGGGGCGAAUUCAUGAACAUGUUUGAGCGAGCGUACGCCAAUCCUGCCGAGGUGUGUGGCGCGAGGGAAUCGUACAUGCUCAACAUGGUGUUUGCCAUUGGGUGUGGAGUUAUCGUCGGAGAGCCGGUGAAAACCGAGGCUUCGGGGGAUGGCCCAAGCAAGGGCCAGUCGCAACCCGAGGAGUACCAUGCGAGUGCCAUUGUUCACCUGGAGUCGUGUCUGAGUAACAGCGGAGGGGGAUUGGAGGUUCUACAGGCUGUGCUUCUCCUCGCUAACUUCGCACUCCUUCGUCCGGUGCCUCCGGGACUGUGGUACAUCAUUGGUGUUGCUGUACGGUUAGCCGUGGACCUUGGUCUGCACCAUGAAGACAGCGGCGACUCAGACACUUUCGGAGACGUCUCCGAAGCCGAACAAAGCAAUGAAAACCGUCCGCGAGAGGGCAGUGCGCAGGAGCGCGGACGGCGACUCUGGCUACGCGACAUGAGGCGGAGGCUGUGGUGGUGCACCUACUCUUUUGAUCGACUUGUCAGUACCUGUGUUGGUCGACCUUUUGGAGUCAGCGAUCAGGUCAUUACUAUGGAGCUUCCUUCACUGCUAGACGAUGAUCACAUCACGCCAGCCGGCAUAAUCGAGCCCUCACCAAAUGAGCGGCGCCCAAGCUACAAGCACGUAGCACACCACUACUUCCGACUUCGCAUGCUGCAGUCUGAGAUUCUACAAGUACUUCAAUACAACCAAACACAGAUAGCGAGGGCGCAUAGCACGGGGAUAGUAUACCCGGAAAUGCACACCACUCAUCUGCCCUCGCCGUUCUUGGUGAAGUUUGAAUCAUACAGAUCCUGGCGGCGGAGUAUUGAUGAGAGGCUUCUGAAUUGGAAGUUGUCAGCACCCACGAGGCAUGAAACUGGUGUGGCCUUUUCUACGGAGUUUUUAGAGCUCAACUAUUGGCAAGCGAUAAUCUUGCUCUACAGGCAAAGUUUGAGUGUUCCCGCCAUGUUCGAGGGAGAAUAUAACACUUCAAACGAGGUAGACAGCCCUCGAGGAUUUACCACGACCGAGCUGCGAGAAGAUGAAGACAGGAUAUAUAUCAAGGUGGCGGAGGCAGGACAGAAGAUUUUACGCAUAUACCGCCAACUCCAUCUCAGUGGCCUCGUUAGUUACACAUACCUCUCUACCCAUCACCUGUUCACAGCCGGCAUAUCAUAUCUCUACGCUAUUUGGCACUCGCCCUUGGUACGAAGUCGAUUGACGAUGGACGAGGUAGACUUCACUGUUCUUGCUGCCAAGUCUGUGUUUACAGACAUGAUCGAUAAAUGCCCCCCAGCUGAGACUUGCCGUGAUGCAUUUGACCGGACUGCCAGAGCAACAAUAAAAAUGGCCAAUGCGAACGGCGGCUUUGGCAACCUCUCUGAUCCGCAAAUCCAGAGGACACAGUCCAACAACUGGGGCUCAACCUCGGAUACUUCGGGGCAUCAUCCGGCACGCCACAGAAGCCGGCCAUCGGAUCAGCAGCAGUUCCAGUUUGAUCUGUCCCUUUCGGAUAACCUAUCAUCACCCACACUCUCCAUAGCUGGCGAUGUAUCACGCCCGUCACCGCCACUAUCCGUGAACAAGAACUUUGAGACAGACUACGGACGCAGCGGACAGAGCCCGGCGGAUCGUAUAACAGCAAACCGAGAAGUCCCUGGCCCCUCCAUGGCUUCUGGGGGACGUCGCUUAGAACCGAUCGCAAACACUUCAGGCUCCGGCAACCACACCAUGAGCCAACAAUUUGGCCUCCAAGGCACCAUGGACUAUCCCGACGCCCAUUCGAUGGACUUUCUCCAGGAUCUCGGUGCUAGGAACGGAGCGUUUGGCCACGUGGAUCAGAACCAGGUUGAUCUAGGGUUCGGCCUGAACUGGGAGGUACCCAACGAGUACGGCGAGGGACAGCAGCAGAUGAAUCCCUUUGAUACCUUCUUCUUCGGCGGGCAGCAGGGCGGGAAUAGUAACGGUGGAGGUAUGGGCAUGUGA